AUUCGAUAGUCGGUCGACACACUCGAUAAUUAUUUUUCUUCCGGUUCUUUUCGUUAUGGUUGCUUCUACGCUACACACGUGGUUGCCCGCAAUUCACAAGUAAAGCAGUAUUUUGAAAUAAAGGUUUGCUAACUCUCUGAAAUUUAUGGCAACAACUCCAGGUAAUUUUUAUUUACUAUAAAAAUUUAAUUUCUUCAAUUAUACAUAUAGGGUGUCCGGAAAAUCGCCUGCAAUACUUCGGUAAGUGAUUCAAAAAGAAACUUUUGGCGUUAAGCCGGGAGCACAUAGAAAAACGUAAGGCCGUAAGACAUAAUCAGUAAGGAAAUCGUAACAUUGGAUUCGCUACCGGUCUUAUGGUCUCUAUUGUGAUUGACCAAUUCGCUUAUUGAUUACGUCUUAUGGCCUUAUGUUUUUGUAUGUGCUAUGGGCUUUACUCAGGAUGCACUACGUGGAGGCAUAGUCCAUUUGGCAUCCUUCUUUUUUUAUUUCUUUAUUUAAAAAUUUUUCUUACUUUACUAGAGGGAUGCUAAGUGGACCUUCUGCCUCCACGUGGUGCAUCCUGGAUAAUGCCAAAAUAUUGGAUGGAUCCAUAUAUUCGUUCGGUUUUUGUUAGUGCAAAUUUUUUCUGAAUAUCUCCGGUUCUGGUUGCCUAAUCGGGCAAUCCAAAUAUGUUUUGGAAAGGUGACAGUCCGCUCUUUUCAUCUGUUAAAUUUGGUUUCAUUGGCAUUAGUUUUGUUUGUGCUAUAGACCUGUGAACAUGUCAGAGAAUAAGGUGCAUUUUCGGCACAUUUUGCUUUAUUACUUCAAGAAAGGCAAGCGAGCUGCGGAGGCCCACCGAAAGAUAUGCGGCGUAUACGGGGACGAUGCCUUAACAGAACGUGCCGCUCAGAAAUGGUUUGCCAAAUUUCGUUCCGGAGAUACGAGUCUUGAAGAUGGACCCCGCAGCGGUCGGCCCACCGAGGUUGAUUCGAAUGAUAUCAAGGCACUGGUUGAGCAAGACUGGACGCUAAAGGUGCGAGAGAUUGCGGAGACACUUAAAAUAGGUUAUGGAACCGUACAAAGGCAUUUGCAACAGCUUGGCUACGUGUCCCGCCUCGAUGUUUGGGUGCCGCACAAGCUGACCGAGAAGAACCUGGCCAACCGCAUAUCCAUCUGCAAUUCACUUCUGAAGCGGCACGAGAGCGACCCGUUUCUCAAACGAAUAGUGAUUGGCGACGAAAAGUGGAUCAUCUACGACAACAUAGUGCGCAAGAGAUCGUUGGAAACCGCUGACGAGCCGCCGAAUGCCAUCCCGAAGGCCGGCCUGCAUCCGAAGAAGAUUUUGCUAUCCAUAUGGUGGGAUCAUCGUGGUGUGCUGUUUUACGAGCUGCUUCCUCAGGGAAAAACGAUCGAUUCGAAGGUCUACUGCACGCAGCUAACGAAAUUGAAUCAAGCAUUGCGACAGAAACGUCCAGAACUGGUCAAUCGCAAAGGUGUCAUAUUCCAUCAUGACAACGCCAGACUUCACACCGCAAUAAUCACUCAGCAAAAAUUAGUGCAACUUGGCUGGGAUGUUUUGCCCCACCCACCGUAUUCACCAGAUCUUGCGCCAUCUGACUACCACUUGUUCCGGUCCCUGCAAAACUCCCUCAAUGAGAAAUCGUUCGCUGAUCAGACAGCUGUGAAAACGUACCUCGACCGGUUUUUCGCUUCUAAGCCCCAGACCUUCUAUGAGAGCGGAAUAAUGAAAUUGUUGGAAAGAUGGCAAGAGAUCAUCAACAAAAAAGGAGAAUAUAUCAUUGAUUAAAAUUCAUCCUUUGUAUGGAAAAAACUUGUUUCAUUUUAGUCUUCAAAAAC